GCGGAACCUUUUGUUAUUGGUUCUGUUUCCGGCGGAGAAAUGUGAGACUGCACAGCAAUAUGGCAACGCACAUGGGAGCUGGGUUGCUAUUCAGAAAGAUAAGGGCACCGGGUCUGACCUUCCGUAGAUAUAAGUUCAAGAAGAAAUGGGCAACAACGUUUCCAAAAGUCACAUGUUCACGGCUGGCUCUUCAUAAUUUUGAUAUGAAUUACAGUGUUCAGUUUGGGGAUCUGUGGCCUUCUAUCCGAAUCAGCCUUUUGUGUGAACAGAAAUAUGGGGCUCUUGUCAAUAACUUUUCCCAAAAGGAAAAAAUAAUGCAAAACUUGAGCCUUUUAAAUGCCAAAGACUUUAUAUCUGAAAUUCCAGAUGUUUUGGUUGAAUCUCAGAGCAGCAUUACAGAUGCCCCUGAAGCUAUAGAGUCUGAUAAAUUUUCAUCUGAUCACCAUCCUAGUGAGGUGCAACACCAAACCACAGAUCUGCUCGCCUCACUGCGCAGUUCAAACCUUACAUGCGUCACAUUCCCAAGAGGGGAUAUCAGCCGAUUUUCAUCAGCCAGGUCAGAUUGCUUCGGACACCUGGAGUAUUACUUGAUGGAUGCUUCCUCUAUUUUACCAGUUUUGGCUCUUGAUGUGAAGCUGGAUCACAAUGUACUUGACCUGUGUGCAGCACCUGGAGGAAAGACGCUGGCUCUCUUGCUGACAGAGAACUGCCAACAUCUGGCUGUCAAUGACCAAUCCAUAUCCCGCUGCAAUCGUCUCAGGAAAGUCCUGCAGUCUUAUGUCCCUGUAGAUCACCGUACAGAGGACAAGAUCCGAGUUACUACCAUAGAUGGAAGGAAGUUAGGAGAGCUGGAAAGAAGUGUAUACAACAGGGUACUGGUGGACGCCCCAUGUACUACAGACCGGCAUUCACUCCUAGAAGAGGAGAACAAUAUCUUCCACCGUAUGAGGACUAAGGAGCGUCAGAUGUUGCCUUUGUUGCAGACUGAGCUCCUGGUAGCUGGCCUGCUAGCCGUGAAGCCUGGUGGGAUAGUAGUGUAUUCCACGUGCUCUCUGUCGCAGCUGCAGAAUGAAUGCGUGGUAGAGCGAGCACUAGAACUUUCUGCCUCUGAACACGGAAUCCACGCAGAGCCCCAGGAUGUCAGCAGCUUCAGAGAGGUUUUUAAGAACACAUUCAACUUCUACCAGAACUGUCGUGUUGGGGAGCUGGUCGUCCCUCACCUGACUGCCAACUUUGGGCCCAUGUUUUUCUGUAAACUAAAGAGGUGGAAAUAAUCCAGUGGACUUGUCGCUAUACAGCAUCAGUCUUUAGCGACAAGGUGAAUAAAGAAGUCAUGUGACUGACAAAGCGUA